AAUGGCCCUGAGUGUCAGUGAAAAUGGAGCACAGGUGUGCGGAGCUGAUCUGCUUUCUCUCCAUCAUCUCAAGCAGCAGCUGAAGACUACAGAGGAGGGCAUGAAAAAGGAUGGCGCUGAUUCUUAUUGGUCCAGGCCUGAAUCUCGAAUAUGGACCGUCGCGUUGCUACUUGGGACCUGCCUGCUCUACUGCACGAGGGUGGCGCUGCCCAUCGCUGUCGCCGCCAUGAGCGCUCACUUCGACUGGGACAAGAGGCAGUCGGGCAUCGUGCUGAGCAGCUUCUUCUGGGGCUACUGUCUGACCCAAAUCGCCGGGGGCCACCUGAGCGAUCGGAUAGGAGGAGAGAAAGUCAUCCUUCUCUCUGCAUCCGUCUGGGGCUCCAUCACGGCCAUCACCCCACUGCUUGCCUACGUUGGCUCUGCUCACCUGGUUCUCAUCACUUUGUCCCGCUUCCUUAUGGGCUUGCUGCAAGGGGUUUACUUUCCUGCCUUGGCAAGUCUGUUUUCCCGGAAAGUGCGGGAGAAUGAAAGGGCAUUCACAUACAGCACGGUUGGGUCAGGAUCUCAGUUUGGGACGCUGGUGAUGGGGGCCGCGGGGUCCCUGCUCCUCGACUGGUAUGGCUGGAAGAGCGUCUUCUACUUCUCGGGGGCCCUGACGUUGCUGUGGGUUUACUGCAUGUGCAAAUACCUCGUGAAUGGAAAGGAACUCAUCAUCCCUUUGGGAGACUUAGCAAAGGGCCUCUCCUUAUCCAAACAGACCAAAGUGCCUUGGAAACAGAUAUUCAGAAAGGCCCCUGUAUGGGCAGUGAUCACAGCUCAGCUUUGUGCAGCCGGCUCCUUUUUCACCCUCCUCUCCUGGCUGCCGACUUUCUUCAAGGAGACUUUUCCCGAUUCCAAAGGUUGGGUAUUUAACGUCGUGCCGUGGCUGGUGGCGAUCCCGACAAGCUUGUUCAGCGGAUUCCUUUCCGACCAGUUCAUCAAUCAAGGAUAUAAAGCAAUCACUGUCCGUAAGCUCAUGCAGGUCGUCGGCUCAGGGGUUUCCAGCAUUUUUGCCCUGUGCAUAGGUCACACUGACAGUUUCUGCCUUGCGGUUGUGUUUGCGUCGGCCUGCGUGGGGCUACAGACCUUCAACCACAGCGGCAUCUCAGUUAAUAUACAAGACCUGGCUCCUUCAUGUGCUGGCUUGCUGUUUGGAGUGGCAAAUACCGGUGGGGCCUUAUUAGGUGUUGUUUGCGUGUACCUAGCCGGACAUCUGAUCGAAAUCACCGGUUCGUGGGUAUCUGUUUUCAAUCUCGUGGCCGCAGUAAAUGCCUUUGGACUUUGUACUUUCCUCAUCUUUGGGAAAGCCCACAGAGUGGACACAGACUCUGCCUUUGUAGAACUGUAGGCACCAAGAUUUAGACAGGAAACAAAGUCUGGAAUGGGAGAACGCAGCAGGAUUGAAACUGGACACCGAGAUAGUUUUUGUGAAUGAAGAAAUGGAUGAAGAAAUUGACAAAUGGAUAUCCAUUGGUGUGCAUGGUCCCCUUUUGCAGCUGUCCGGAGUGAUCACGAUACUGACAAGCUUGCCUGUUGCUACUGCAAGCUGCUUUUCUUUCUACUGGAAAAGUUCAGAUUGCAAACAACCACCCACAAAAGUCCACCGCAACAGAGUUGUGGCUACUUGUCGUUGUCUCAGGAAAAGCAAAGUCAAGGUCUGAUCUGCCCAUUAAAAAGAGAUGUUGUUUUCUGCAGCCUUAACAUUGGUCCUCCGGGUCGCAGCUGAAGUGUGUGUGAAACCUGCAGUUUUUCUGUACCAUUUUGAUGUUCUGUCCCAGAGACCCUCAUUGGCAGGUCUCCUAUCAAAAAUGACCAGACGCAGUUGUGAGUUUUCUCAGCCGUUAACCACGAGGACUUCCAGAGAAUGGCUUUGUGUGAAAGCGUGUAUGUGAGCAAUAAUGGCUUAGUUGUUUUUCUUUCUUCUCAGUUGUUAAAUGACAUCCUGAAAGUUUUCUCCAGGGAAGAGUUCCUGCUGUUGGAAGGAAGGGAUAUAUUUCCUGCACACACCAGUAUUUUAUUUUAUUUUAAUCUCUAAGGAAAAUGUGAACUUAGCCCUCUCUCUGCUGCCAGCAGGUAGGCUUGCCACUCAGUCAGCAUUUUAACUGGUUUGACUAGUAAAACCAUGUCCUCUCAGAAAACCAGGACUGGGCUCUGAAAAGUCAGUAAACUCUGGAUUCUGCCAAACUCUGCCCAUAAACCUGCCAGAUUCCACCUGGGUUCCUCCCACUGGUCCUGUUAA